AUGUGCAUUGGAUCACCUGGAUCCGUGUCUGUUGUGGAAAGCGAAAAAUAUUCAGCAAUCCCACGAAAUACCAGAACAAAUCGACACAGUGCUCAUAUAAUACGUUGGCAACGUCUUAACGAUACCUCUGGUAGUCAUAUCAUUUGCGUGUCUACUCAAUUUUUCGAUAUCUUUACUGUGAACUCUGAUUGCUUGAAUCUACUAGAUUCUACUUGUGCUCAUCCUUUCAAUUUAACAGACGUUGAUUGGUGUCCAUGUGAUACUAAUUCUCUGUUAUCAUGUUCAGUUGACGAUGCAGUGAAAUGUUGGGAUUUACGAGAUCUACGAUGUCCUUGUUUGCAAAUACAAACUAUUGGUGGAGCAGAGCAGGCGAAAUGGGCUCCAUUAUCAGUUAAUUCACUGUGUACUUCUCACGGUACUGAUCUACGGCUAUGGGAUAAACGAAAUAUAAGUUUACCUGUGCAAACUGUCUCAGCUCAUAUGCAAAAAAUUUCUUGUGUUAUGUGGCAUCCGACAACCGCAACAUGUUUUUUAACCGCUGGCCUGGACGGAUAUAUUAAAAUGUGGAAUAGUAGUGAUCUGACCAAGCCGCGACACUCAUUGGGAAUGCUACCGGCUCCAAUUUGGAAAAUCAAGUUUUCGAGUGAUGGAAAUGAGUUCGCAUCAAUACCGCUGCCAAUGUAUGGGCAAUUAGAGGAAAGCUGUGCAUUAAGCUUAUGGAAGACCAGCACACUUGAGAUCGUUCAAGUAAUUGGAUGUGAAGAUGAUGUUCUACUUGACCUGUGUUGGCAGAAAUUUCACAUGCAGAGGCAAACUUAUAGUUGCUUAUAUUCAGCAUCAAGAUAUGGCAAAUUACGAAAAUACAAUUUGCCACUGUUUAAAGAUCUAUCUGAAGAAGUAGUAGAAAAAAGUUGCUGUUCAAGAGUUGGCAUAAAUACCGAAAAUGCGUUUGUUUUUGAUGAAGAAAUAGAAGAAUCGAAAACAAAAAUACGAACUCCGUUAACAAAUACUGGCAGCACCAGUAAACUGAAUAAACGAUCAUUAAUGAUGAAUAAGAUAGAAAUUAUCGAAAAUGGACUAUGUUUAACGGUGCCUAGACAAGUAGAUGUUCUAAUAGCUGAAUUGGUUCCUUUGAGAUGUAUGUGCACUGAAGAUUUAACCGUUCAACAACUGGACGACAAGCACAGUUUAAUAACGUGGAAAAAAAAUGCAGAUUUAAAAUUUCAAAUUAAAGCUGCCUUGUCGUUGGAGGAGAGAAUGGAAGGAUUCACACAUGUAAUUAUCCAGAUUAUUAAUGAAGGAAGUUAUUUGUCAUUUAAUGAAAUGGAAACUAUUGUUAAGAAAUUAUCGGAUGAAACGUCAAUCAUGGAUAUGUCUUUGGAGAAGGAACCAAUUUUACCUAUUGUCUUACAUAAUUUGCUUAAAAUAGUAGCUUCGAUGGAGACUCUUACUCCUCAGUCGCUUGAUAUCCCACAACGCCCAGAAAAUGUUGUCCAAUUUUGUGACAGUGCUUCAAGUGAAAAUGGCUCACAUAGUGUCACGUUUGGAACCAUUUCCUCUCCUCUACCAAAAAGUACGCUAUCAUCACCAUUACUUUCAACUUCAUAUGAUCGUUGGAUACCAUCUCCUCGCACAUGUGGAGCACGUUUUAAUGGCUCAGGAUUUCUGGUUAUCUUUGGGCGAAAUGAGCUAGCGAUGCGACGUAUGCAGUCGAGUAAAAGUUCCUUUCAGGAUGAAUCACUCUGGCUUUCUGCAGAACGGAUAACGCAGACUUUAAAAGGCACUUCUUCGAAGAAAGGUGCGCUCAGUUUUCUGGAUGAUGGACAUGAAGUUGAUGAUGGACAUAUUAGCAGUACGCCUCGUUCACUCGAUGAUUACAAACAUGAGUUGCUUCUGUCUCUGGACGAUAUGCAUACUCAUUUGCAAAAUUUUCAUGGUAACGAGAAAUGUAAUUCACCAUUGUGCCAGUCGAUCUCGAGUACUCCGUUUUUCUCCCGUAACAUGGCUUUCUUUCAUCAAAAAUUUGAUAUUGCAAACAGUGGAACAUCUUCACUACUAGAGAUGCGUACAAGUAAUUCAUUGGCAGUGUUGAGUAAUAUAUGUAACAGUACGCAAAAUAUUCGUUCAUUUCGUCGUCGAGGUAAUUCAGGGACAAAUGUUCUUGCUGACGAUCAUCAUAAUCUGGAUGGCUGUGCUGCAGUAUCUGUGGUUGUUAUUUAUGAUGUAUCAGUGCUCAUGUCAGUUAGCAAAGAUCUUGCUCGUAAAUAUCGGCUUAUUGGUGCUAAUGCAUUGGAAUUAUGUUUAUGGAAUCGGAAAGUAGUGGAGGAAGUAGGACGCAAAGAUUUGGAAAACAUAUGGCAAAUCGUUGAGCUAUGCAUACGAAUGGGAAAAUCAAGUUGGCGUAAACGUUAUCCUCUUGAUCAGUGCAUAACAAUGACUAACAUGUUAGAUUUCGAUUCAUCGGAGGAAAAUAUAUCUGAAGAAGACAGUAUGGCUGUAGCAGUGCAUCCGUUCGGGCGUUCAUUAAUUAAUAGUUUAUUGGAUUACUUUGCGCGUAUAAAUGAUUAUCAAACUGCUGCAGUGAUAAUUUGCGUCUUAGGUUUGCGAUACAAACGGUGUUUUGAAAUAGAUAGUAGUAUGGAGUCAUCAACUACUCCGAAGUAUGCUGCCCACCAUGAACAUUCACUUAGUACUUAUGACAUAAGUCCUGAUAGUUCGGUAUGCAGCACAAUCAAUGCGAAUGCUAAAUUAGAUUCAAACUUUCGAAUCAUGCAACAAGAAAACGAAAAACUACAUAUAAGAGAACAACCAUCAUUAACAACUCCCGUAUCAAAAGCUGCGAAGAAAUUUCCUUCUUUAUUUCAGAAUGCCCUAAUUGGUCAUCGAUCGAUGCAGAACCUCAAAAAACAAAACAGAAAGAUAUCAUCUAGUCAUCGAAUAUCACAUAAAUCAGUGAUGUCGGAAACUGUAGAACAGUCUGAACAGGAUUCUGUUUCAAGUGCAACUAAAAAUAAAUUUCAUUUAUACAGUCUCUUAGAUCCUCUUUCCAAUGAUCAAUUCGAUGAAGUACGCCAUCAGUACGCUAGUUUACUGUUUAGGUGGAGGAUGUUUUCAAAAGCUGCUGAAGUUAUGAAAUAUAGUGAGACUGCACCUUAUUCAGCGCCACUACAGGUUCAAAGCUCAUGUCCUCAAUGUAAUAACAAAUUGCUGCGUUUCAAAUGUGAUAAAUGUCACAUCCACUGGAAAUUCCGUUGCUCCUUAUGUCAACUUCCUGUACUCGGUAUGCUAACAGUAUGUGCCUUAUGUGGUCACGGUGGACAUAGUGAACAUAUGGUUGUUUGGUUCAAAGAGAAUAAUCACUGUGCAUACGGUUGCGGAUGCGAUUGUAAAUUAGCCUGUUUUUAA